AUGGUCAUUCACCAUCUACUCUUGAAAGAAAGUGCCAUGUCUCCAUUCCCUACCUCGAAAAAAAAUAUUUUCCCAAUCAGAAUAACUGACCUCCAGGUGACACCUAGCUAUCUCUUGAACCUAAUUGGUAGUAAUUCAAGUGAAAGUAACUUGCUUGGUAACAAAAAUGUGCUGCAAAUUCAGGGAGAACCUUUGUUGGCAUUCCAUAUUUGUCGCUGUCUAGUGUUUCAUCGCUGUCUAGAUGCAGGCUCCAUACAUGUGGCUCCACAGUCCUCCCCAGGUGUACUACCCACAGACAGGGACCGAUCCCAUUCUGGCCACCGAUCCCAUUCUGGCCCCCAGGCCCAGCGGGUGUCUGCCCAGUACAGUGCUACCUACUGGCUGCCUCAGCACCAGCUAUACCAAGACCAGCGUGCCGCACAGUGGAGGCCUGAGUCCUAUAGGGUGGCCAACCAGGCUGGGGUCCCCUGGUCCUACAGGCCCCAUCUCACAGGAGGAUCCAUGGAUGCUAGGAUGUACCCUAUUUUCUCCACAGCGCCCCAACAAGCCCCCACUGGCCUCCUCUCUCAGGCCAGAGCAGGUCCCUUCCAGGUAAACUCCAGCAGCCCUCUGUUACAGUUUCAGAGCUAUAGCCUCAGGGCUGCAAUAGUCUCCCAGGGCCGUCUGACCCAGAUCACCGGCCCCAGCCUGCCCCUGCAUGGGUUAGGGGACAUUUCCUUGCCUGCAGUCACCUCCCUGGAAGAGGCUAUGAAGAUCUUCCACUGAGCUGGAGGCUGAACCCAGCCAGCAGGCUGGGGCUGAGUGUUCCGGUACUACAGGGGAUGUUGUCCAGCCCAGCCCAGCACAGCAGGGUUCAGGCAGGAGUCAGUGUCCCUCCACCCUGGAUCACUCCCUGGACCAGGAGGACCUAGAGGCCUGCAUGCAGCGACUGCUGGAGGCCCAGGGAUCAGAGGGAACAUUUUCUGCACAUUAA